AUGCAGUCGAUGGCGUGUCAACAGCGCCACGGCUGGCGUCGCCUCGUAGGAUCAUGCAACCCCCUACGCCAUUCUGGACGGCCAAUGCUCUGCAUGCAAAGUGGAUCUCCAAGCCGGUUUCAAGGACUUCUCAAGUUUUCAACCUCUGCGGACAAGAAAAGCGACAAGCGCAAUGGGAACGAUCACGACGACGACAAGAGCAUGAUGGAGAAAGUCAAGGAGACGGUCCACGCCAGCGUGGACAAAUCCUACGAGCAAUUGCAAAAGCUCAAAAGUGGGUUGGAGUCCAUUGACGAAAAGUUGCUCGGGGACGACGGCGUGGUGGACAAGGCCAAGGAAAAGCUUCACGCCGGCAUUGACAAAUCCCACGAACAGUUCGACAAGCUCAAGAAGGACCUCGAGAGCCAAAACGACAAAGUGCGUGCCAUGGCGUCCAAGUACUUUGACUCUGUGAAGGACAAUGCAACGAAUGUCCAGGACAUGCUGAAGGACUACGGGGACAACACCACGGAGAUGGGCAUGGAUUACUACGAGCGCGUGCGAGACUCGCUGGACAAGUGGAACGAGAGCUUGCUGGAUCUGGAGACGAAAGCCAGCGAGUUUAGCGGCUCCUUUGGCAAAGACGUAUCGGAUUACGUGAAGCAGCAGCGUAAAGAGCAUGCUGAGUUGACCCGCAAGGCGAAGGGUCGUAAGCAGAAGAAGCGCGAUUGA